GCGGACGUUGCGUCAUUGGCGACGACACUUCCACAUUGUGAGAAAAACAAUAUGGCGUCGUCCUUACAGCGUCUCACGUCUGCUGGAAGAUAUCUCUUACAAAGACAUUUACUGAAGACAAAAUCUUUAAGUAGGCUCUCAGCUGGACCACACAGACUCUUGGCUACCCAGGCUGCUCAGCAGGUGGCCUUAAAUGUUCCUGAAACUAAGGUGACCACUUUAGAGAAUGGACUCCGGGUGGCCUCUGAGGAUGCUGGGCUUACUACCUGCACAGUGGGCCUCUGGAUAGAUGCUGGCAGUCGCUAUGAGAAUGAGAGAAAUAAUGGCACAGCACAUUUUCUGGAACAUAUGGCAUUUAAGGGCACCAGGAAACGGUCCCAGCUGGAUCUGGAGCUGGAGAUUGAGAACAUGGGGGCUCACCUGAACGCCUAUACAUCCCGCGAGCAGACUGUGUAUUACGCCAAAGCUUUCUCUAAGGAUCUUCCACGAGCUGUGGAGAUUCUGGCUGACAUCAUCCAGAAUAGUACACUGGGCGAGGCAGAGAUUGAGAGGGAGCGAGGGGUCAUCCUCAGAGAGAUGCAGGAGGUCGAGACCAAUCUGCAGGAAGUGGUCUUUGACUACUUGCAUGCUACAGCUUAUCAGUCCACAGCUCUGGGCAGGACCAUCCUGGGCCCCACCGAGAACAUCAAGACCAUCAACAGAGGAGACCUGGUUGAGUAUAUCACCACUCACUACAAAGGCCCCAGAAUAGUGCUGGCUGCUGCUGGAGGAGUUUCACAUGAUGAGCUUAUUGAUCUGGCCAAGUAUCAUUUUGGAAAACUUCCUGGCAGAUAUCAAGGUGAUGCUCCAGCACUUCCUCCUUGUCUCUUCACAGGAAGUGAGAUCCGUGUGCGUGACGACAAGAUGCCCCUGGCACAUAUCGCCAUCGCUGUUGAGGCGGUUGGAUGGUCUCACCCUGAUACAAUCCCCCUCAUGGUGGCAAACACGCUUAUAGGAAACUGGGACCGCUCAUUCGGUGGAGGCGUGAAUCUGUCCAGUAAACUGGCUCAGAUGGCCUGUCAGGGAAACCUGUGCCACAGUUUCCAGUCCUUCAACACUUGCUACACAGACACAGGCUUGUGGGGGCUGUACAUGGUGUGUGAGCCCAGCACCAUCAAUGACAUGAUGCACUUCACUCAGAUGGAAUGGAUGUCUCUUUGUACGAAUGUGACGGAGAGCGAGGUGGCUCGGGCAAAGAACCUGCUCAAGACCAACAUGCUCCUGCAUCUCGAUGGAUCCACCCCUAUAUGUGAGGACAUUGGCAGACAGAUGUUGUGCUACAGCCGCAGGAUCCCUCUGCAUGAGCUGGAGGCCAGGAUUGAUGCCAUAGAUGCUAAGACCAUUAAGGAUGUAUGCACCAAAUACAUCUACAACAAGGCUCCUGCCAUCGCAGCAGUUGGGCCAAUUGAACAGCUGCCAGACUACAACCAGAUCCGCAGUGGAAUGUUCUGGAUGAGAACCUGAGGACAGAUUACCUCCACACUGUACAGCAUAUAAACAGAAACACAAUAUUUAAGUCUCAUCUGUAGUAUUUUUUUCCUCCUUUAAUUUUUUUUAUUAUAAAAUAAAGACCAACACAAUAAUGUUAAAAUAA